UUCAGUGCUUCAUUUGAGGAGGAGGACCUCGGAAUGGGUUCCUUAUAAACUAAAAGUUACCGCUGUUGGUGUUGAACUUCUGGACGGACAAUCAGGAGAUGCACGGUGGUGCUUGGAUUUUAGAGAUAUGGAUUCUCCUGCAAUUGUACUUUUGGCUGAUAGUUAUGGUAAAAGAAGCGCAGAAGGCGGGGGUUUUAUUCUUUGUCCGUUAUAUGGAAGAAAAUCUAAAGCUUUUAUAGCUUCGACUGGAACCUCUAACAGCGCAAUUAUUUCACAUUUGACCAAAGCUGCUAUGUCUACUGUGGGGGUCUUGUUAUCUGUUGACAGUUCUCAGUCGUCAACAAUAUUGGAUUUUAUUAAGAAAAGAGCUAAGGAGGCAGUUGGGGCUGAUGAAACCCCAUAUGGAGGCUGGUCUGUGAUGAGACUGCGCUCUGCUGCUCAUGGGACUGCUAAUGUCAUGGGCUUAACUUUGGGAAUUGGACCUAAAGGUGGGCUAGGAGAGCUAGGCGAUUCUGUACCUCGCCAACUUAUUCUUACCAAGAUUUCUCUUGUUGAAAGACGCCCAGAUAACUAUGAGGCUGUUAUUGUUCGACCACUUUCUGCAGUUAGUUCUCUUGUUCGAUUUGCUGAAGAACCACAAAUGUUUGCAAUCGAAUUCAAUGAUGGAUGCCCUAUUCAGGUCUAUUCGAGUACAUCGCGUGAUAGCUUACUUGCAGCAGUUCGAGAUGUCUUGCAAACAGAAGGACAGUGGCCUGUUCCUGUCUUGCCAAGGCUGACCAUGCCUGGUCACCGCAUAGAUCCUCCAUGCGGAAGGGCCUACUUGCAAAUCCAUCUGCUUCCUCUUGCUCAACAACGUCCUGUUGCUGAUACAGAAACUGCAUCAAUGCAUUUAAAACAUUUAGCUGCAGCUGCUAAAGAUGCUGUAGCUGAAGGGGGCUCAGUUCCAGGGUCAAGAGCAAAGUUGUGGCGAAGAAUAAGGGAGUUUAAUGCGUGUAUUCCAUACAGUGGAUUGCCAUUUAAUAUUGAAGUGCCCGAGGUUGUCCUGAUGGCUUUAAUCACAAUGCUUCCAGCAACACCAAACCUUCCUCCAGAGGCUCCCCCACCUCCACCUCCUUCGCCAAAGGCAGCUGCGACUGUGAUGGGUUUCAUUGCAUGUUUACGCAGGUUACUUUCCUCUAGGAUCGCGGCUUCACAUGUCAUGUCAUUUCCUGCUGCUGUUGGGAGAAUAAUGGGAUUGCUAAGAAAUGGAUCUGAGGGUGUGGCUGCUGAGGCUGCAGGCCUUGUUGCCAUGCUUAUUGGUGGUGGUCCUGGUGAUAAUAGUAUAAUGGUUGACUCAAAGGGAGAGCGACAUGCUACAUUUAUGCAUACAAAAUCUGUACUUUUUGCAAAUCAGAGUUAUGUUACUAUUCUUGUGAACAGGUUGAAACCAUCUUCCAUAUCUCCUUUACUGUCUAUGUCGGUUGUGGAAGUUCUUGAAGCUAUGCUUUGUGAACCUCAUGGUGAAACAACACAACAUACUACUUUUGUCGAAUUAUUACGUCAAGUGGCAGGUUUGCGGCGUCGUUUGUUUGUCUUGUUUGGCCACCCUGCAGAAAGUGUGAGAGAGACAGUUGCUGUCAUCAUGCGGACGAUUGCAGAAGAGGAUGCAAUUGCAGCUGAGUCAAUGCGUGAUGCUGCUUUGAGAGAUGGUGCACUUUUGAGACACUUGUCACAUGCUUUUUUCCUACCUGCUGGUGAGCGACGUGAUGUUAGCAGGCAGCUUGUGGCACUUUGGGCUGAUUCUUAUCAACCUGCUCUUGAUUUACUUUCCAGAGUUCUUCCUCCUGGGCUUGUUGCGUAUUUGCGCACACGUUCGGAUGAGGGAUCUGAAUACGCACAGGAGCAAUUAAAUGAAGAAGCAAGUUUAAAUAGGAGAAGGCAGAGGCGUAUACUUCAGCAGAGGAGGGGUCGACCUGGAAGAACUAUAGCAUCACAGGACCAUGUGACACCUUCUCUUAACACUAUCGAAGAAAGUGAUUUCACAAAGCAUACUGGGAGUGCACCUCCACUAGGAACUGAAAACUCUCAGAGGCCUUACCAAGAGUCAAAUUUUGUUCAAUCUUCAGUUACCUCAUCAGUCUCUCCAUUGGGAAACGCCUUGGGUGAAUCUUCCUAUGCAGGAUUUCAUAAUGCUGCCGUGGCGCCUGAUUCUGGGGAUACUGUUCUUCAGACUGCUGCGCCACAGGUGUCGAAUUCAAAUGCUUCAGAAUCAGCUCAGUCAGAUGCCAUAAAUUCUGACCUCCCUGCUCCCGCUCAGGUGGUUGUUGAGAACACACCUGUCGGAUCUGGCAGAUUGCUCUGUAAUUGGUAUGAGUUUUGGAAAGCAUUUGGUCUAGAUCACAACCGAGCUGACUUGAUAUGGAAUGAACGGACAAGGCAAGAGCUUAGAGAAUCUUUACAAGCAGAAGUUCACAAGUUAGACGUUGAGAAGGAGAGAACAGAAGACAUUGUUCCUGGUUGUGCAAUGGUUGAGAUUACAUCAGGGCAGGAUAAUGCACCUCAGAUAUCUUGGAACUAUGCCGAGUUCUCAGUUAGUUACCCCAGCCUAUCAAAGGAAGUUUGUGUGGGUCAAUAUUAUCUUCGUUUAUUGCUUGAAAGUGGAAGUAGUUGUCGUGCACAAGAUUUUCCAUUACGUGAUCCUGCUGCAUUUUUUAGGGCAUUAUAUCACCGUUUCCUGUGUGAUGCGGACAUAGGUCUUACAGUGGAUGGAGCUGUACCUGAUGAGUUGGGUUCUUCAGAUGAUUGGUGUGACAUGGGAAGGUUAGAUGGUUUUGGUGGAGGUGGAGGCUCUUCAGUGAGAGAACUCUGUGCACGGGCAAUGGCUAUUGUCUAUGAGCAACAUUAUAAAGUGAUAGGUCCUUUUGAUGGUACUGCUCAUAUUACAGUUCUCUUGGACAGGACCGAUGACCGAGCAUUGAGGCAUCGACUACUUCUACUGUUAAAGGUCUUAAUGAAAGUUCUUUCGAAUGUAGAAGCUUGUGUGUUGGUUGGGGGAUGUGUUUUAGCUGUUGAUCUGUUAACUGUGGCUCAUGAAGCUGCAGAAAGGACUUCUAUACCUUUGCAAUCCAAUUUGAUAGCAGCCACAGCUUUCAUGGAACCGCUAAAAGAAUGGAUGUUUAUUGACAAGGAAGGUGCACAAGUUGGGCCGAUGGAGAAAGAUGCAAUCAGAAGAUUUUGGUCGAAAAAAGCCAUUGACUGGACAACUAAGUGCUGGGCCUCUGGGAUGCCCGACUGGAAGAGACUACGCGAUAUUCGUGAAUUGCGCUGGGCACUUGCAGUUCGUGUUCCUGUUCUCACUCCUGUUCAGGUCGGAGAUUCUGCGCUGUCUAUAUUGCAUUUUAUGGUGUCAGCACAUUCUGAUCUUGAUGAUGCUGGUGAAAUUGUUACUCCAACACCUAGAGUAAAACGAAUUUUGUCAAGCCCACGUUGCAUCCCCCAUGUUGCACAGGCUAUGCUUACUGGAGAGCCAAAUAUUGUUGAUGGUGCUGCUUCCUUAUUGAGGGCUAUUGUAACUAGGAAUCCCAAGGCAAUGAUUCGCUUAUAUAGUACAGGUGCAUUUUAUUUUGCUCUAGCUUAUCCUGGAUCGAAUCUGCUUUCAAUUGCACAUCUCUUCUCUGUGACCCACGUCCACCAAGCAUUUCAUGGUGGAGAAGAAGCUGCUUUAUCCUCGUCUUUAUCAUUGGCAAAACGUAGUGUAUUGGGGGGACUUCUUCCAGCAUCAUUGCUGUAUGUUCUGGAGCGCAGCGGACCAGCUGCUUUUGCUGCAGCAAUGGUUUCUGAUUCUGAUACACCAGAGAUCAUUUGGACUCAUAAGAUGCGAGCAGAAAAUCUGAUUCGUCAGGUUUUGCAGCAUCUUGGUGAUUUUCCCCAAAAAUUGUCACAACACUGUCACGCUUUAUAUGAGUAUGCUCCUAUGCCUCCUGUGACAUAUCCAGAGUUGAAAGAUGAGAUGUGGUGUCAUCGUUAUUACCUGAGAAAUUUAUGUGACGAGAUAAGAUUUCCCAACUGGCCCAUUGUUGAGCAUGUAGAGUUUUUGCAGUCACUACUGGCAAUGUGGCGGGAAGAGUUAACUCGGCGGCCUAUGGAUCUUUCAGAAGAGGAAGCUUGCAAGAUACUAGAGAUCUCUCUGGAUGAAAUUCUAAUUCGUGAUAACACUAGCAACGGCCAGCUGGCAGAUACCAAUGAUAACAGUACUACAACCAAGAAGAUUGAGAACAUUGAUGAAGAAAAACUUAAACGUCAAUACAGAAAGCUGGCAAUAAGAUACCAUCCUGAUAAAAAUCCUGAAGGGAGGGAGAAGUUUGUUGCUGUGCAAAAGGCUUAUGAGAGGUUGCAGGCAACCAUGCAAGGCUUGCAAGGUCCACAAGUCUGGAAAUUGUUGCUUUUGUUGAAGGGUCAAUGCAUCCUGUACAGGCGGUAUGGGGAUGUCUUAGAACCUUUCAAGUAUGCUGGUUAUCCCAUGCUGCUGAAUGCGAUCACUGUGGACAAUGAUGACAGCAAUUUCCUUUCAUCUGAGAGAGCCUCUCUUCUGGUUGCAGCUUCAGAACUAAUUUGGCUGACAUGCGCAUCAUCUUCAUUAAAUGGCGAAGAGCUUAUUAGAGAUGGGGGUAUACCUCUUCUUGCUACACUUCUUUCCCGUUGUAUGUGUGUAGUUCAGCCUACUACGCCUGCAAACGAGCCUGCUGCUGUCAUUGUUACGAAUGUGAUGCACACUUUUUCAGUCUUAAGUCAAUUUGACACUGCAAGAUCUGAGAUGCUCAACUUUGGGGGGCUUGUUGAGGAUAUUGUGCAUGCUACUGAAUUGGAGCUUGCCCCAUCUGCUGUUGAUGCUGCCCUCCAAACUGCAGCGCAUCUUUCUGUAUCAUCUGAAUUGCAGAAUGCUUUACUUGGGGCUGGUUUAUUAUGGUACCUAUUACCUUUGCUACUUCAGUAUGACUCUACUGCAGAGGAGAACGAUAUGAACAAGGCGCCUGGUGUUGGUGCUAGUGUGCAGAUUGCUAAAAACAUGCAUGCCAUUCGUGCAUCUCAGGCUCUUUCAAGACUAUUUGGUCUCUGCAGUGAAGAAAUAUCAACUCCAUAUAAUGAUUCAGCUGCCACUGCACUUAGAGCUUUGCUUACUCCAAAGCUUGCCAACAUGUUAAAAGACCAGGCACCAAAGGAUCUUUUGUCUAAUCUGAACUCGAAUUUGGAGUCUCCAGAAAUAAUUUGGAAUUCCUCAACCCGAGCUGAACUUCUCAAAUUUGUAGAUCAACAGCGUACCAGCCAAGGUCCUGAUGGUUCAUUUGACUUGGCAGAGUCACAUUCUUUCACUUAUCAGGCACUUUCUAAGGAGCUGAAUGUUGGUAAUGUAUACCUUAGGGUUUAUAAUAAUCAGCCAGAUUAUGAGAUAAGUGAACCAGAGGCAUUUUGCGUUGCUCUUCUUAAAUUCAUAUCAGAGCUAGUGAAUAAUUUGAAUGAUUCAAGUAUUCAGAGUAGAUUGGAUAAUAAUGGAUCUCUUGUGGAGCCAUCAGAAGUUCAAGGUGAUAAUCUCAGUGAGCCGGAUAAUGAAGAAAAGUCCAGCAUGGAAGAUAUGACAGAAGAAUCUGAAGUGGUUAAGAACCUUCAUAUGGGAUUGACUUCUCUUCAGAAUCUAUUGACCAGCAAUCCAACUCUGGCUUCUGCAUUUUCUGCUAAAGAACAACUUGUACCCCUUUUUGAGUGUCUUAGUGUAUCUGUUCCAGCAGAAAGCAACAUUCCUCAAAUUUGUCUUCAUGUGUUUUCUCUUCUCACAACAUACGCUCCUUGCUUGGAGGCUAUGGUUGCAGAAAGGGCCAAUCUCAUCCUUCUAUUGCAGUUACUUCACAGUGCUCCUACAUGCAGGGAAGGGGCUCUUGCUGUUCUCUAUUCCUUGGCUGGCACACCUGAGCUUGCUUGGGCAGCAGCUAAGCAUGGUGGAGUAGUGUAUAUUCUGGAACUUAUUUUACCUGUACAAGUUGCAGAAGAAAUCCCUUUGCAGCAAAGAGCAGCAGCUGCAUCAUUGUUGGGUAAGCUUGUUGGACAGCCAAUGCAUGGUCCUAGAGUCUCUAUAACACUGGCUAGGUUCCUACCAGAUGGCUUAGUGUCUGCCAUCAGGGAUGGGCCUGGUGAAGCUGUAGUUGCAUCUCUUGAACAGACAACGGAAACACCGGAACUUGUGUGGACACCAGCAAUGGCAACUUCUCUCUCUGCACAAUUAUCAACUAUGGCAUCUGACCUCUACCAUGAGCAGAUGAAAGGCCGUGUUGUUGAUUGGGAUGUACCAGAACAAGCGUCUAGUCAACAUGUAAUGAAAGAUGAACCACAGGUGGGAGGGAUUUAUGUGAGGCUGUUCUUAAAGGAUCCUAAGUUUCCCCUAAGAAAUCCUAAACGAUUUCUGGAAGGACUUCUGGAUCAAUAUGUUUCAUCAAUUGCUGCCACACAUUAUGAGAAACAUUCAGUUGACUCGGAACUUCCUUUGCUUCUGUCUGCUGCACUUGUGUCCUUGUUGCGGGUGCAUCCAGCACUUGCUGACCACGUUGGAUAUCUCGGUUAUGUUCCAAAGCUUGUUGCUGCAAUGGCCUAUGAAGGAAGACGAGAUAUGAUGGCCUCUGGUGAAGUGAAAAGUGUGGGAAAUUCCAACUCGAAUGAGUUGAAUGGAAGUGAAGAUGAACUCUCAGAAUCCAGUUGCCAAACACCACAAGAACGCGUGCGUCUCAGUUGUUUACGAGUUCUCCAUCAGUUAGCGUCAAGUACAACUUGCGCAGAAGCUAUGGCAGCCACAAGUGCUGGAACACCUCAGGUUGUACCUUUGCUUAUGAAAGCAAUCGGAUGGCAAGGUGGCAGUAUAUUAGCCUUGGAAACACUUAAGCGCGUUGUGGUCGCUGGAAAUAGAGCGAGAGAUGCACUUGUUGCACAAGGCUUGAAGGUUGGUCUUGUGGAAGUGCUUCUGGGCCUUCUUGACUGGAGGUCUGGAGGAAGACAUGGGUUCUGCAUGCAAAUGAAGUGGAAUGAGUCUGAAGCAUCGAUUGGCCGUGUGCUCGCAGUGGAGGUAUUGCAUGCAUUUGCAACUGAAGGCGCUCAUUGUGCUAAAGUUCGUGAAAUUUUGAAUGCUUCUAAUAUAUGGAGUGCAUAUAAAGAUCAGAAACACGAUCUUUUCCUCCCUUCGAAUGCACAAUCUGCUGCUGCUGGAGUUGCGGGACUCAUCGAGAGCUCGUCUUCAAGACUUCCUUAUGCUCUUGCUGCUCCUCCUCCACAACCUGCUCUUGUACGGCUUCCCUCCACUUCUACUGCUACUACUGUUGCAGCUCCAAACACCAAUCGAGCCAGGCAGUCGCUGUAGAAAAGCAAAAGAGAAAAUACCUCUACACAAGCCAUACCUUUUAAUUUAUCAGAGUACAUAAAAAUGUACAGUCUCUUGAUUUUUGUGAUGAGUUCAUUCAUUUCCUUGUAAAGCUGACGUCUGUAGGUUUUGUAACAUAUCUACCAAUAUAUACCAUGAAAUAAGCAAGAUGGGUUCCAUUGUGUACUACUACCAGCUCUGAGAUAAGAUGCUGUAUGUAAACAAAGGCUUUGAGACACUGUACAUACAUACUCUUGAUGAUUUC